AUCGUUCUGUCAGUUUCGCGCAACGCGUUGGGACUUCGACACGUUUUGCGUUCGGUUGCGACUCCAUAUCUGUGGUUGCGACAAUGUUUGGUUUUAACAAAUCGUGAUGUCCCUUUAGUUUGAAUGAACCUGUCAGUUUUUUAACCAAAUAUUACGCGACCUGUUCAUUAUUUUUAUUAUUCUUGAAUCGGUUUGUUUGUGUUUAUGGGUAAAGAGUAGAGCGAGAGUUAUUGAAAAUGGAGCACCGUAGCAGAAUAGUACAAUAUCUGGUGGCAGCCUCAGUGUCCUUGGCGUCCCUAACUCUUGGAGUAUCGUCAGCCUGGCCCACACCUGUUCUACCGAAGUUCCAUGCCAAUGAGACGGGUGUAGAAAUAACUGAUCAAGGAGCAUCAUGGAUGUUAGCGAUGAACUCGCCCGGGUUCAUAGCCGGGAGCUUCGCCACCCGGUUCAUCUCGGACAGAUUCGGGAGGAAGGCCACUAUUCUCGGGAGUGCAUUCCCCAUGGCUCUGGGAACUAUUGUACUCCUCUUUGCCAAGACGGCAUGGCUCCUGUACAUCACCAGGUUUUUAUGGGGUGCAAGCACGGGGAUGAUCGGAACUGUAGUAUCAAUGUACUUGGCCGAGAUAGCCGACAAAGACCUCCGCGGCACCCUCUCCGUGGGCACUCGCUUCAUGUUCAACUUGGGCACUCUUCUGGCGAUAUCAGUGGGACCGUUCCUGUCCUACCAGGCUCUGAACAGUUCUUUGAUAGUGCUACCGGUGUGCUACUUCGUGGCUUGCUGGUGGAUCCCAGAAUCUCCGUACUACUACCUCAAGGAAGGGCGCGUGCACGACGCGGGAAAGACUCUGACGAAGUUGAGGAGUUACAAAGAUAAAAAGGAGAUGGAGGAUGAGCUCUCAGCACUGCAGUCGUCCGUGGCCAACGAGAUGCGCCGAGACAGCUCCGUCAAAGAGCUCUUCACAGGAAAGCAGUAUCGAAGAGCAAUUAUUAUUUCUACAGGACUGAAGUUGGCACAAAUUAUGGUGGGGGUGGUGACAGUGCAGCACUACUUGGGAAGGAUAAUGCAAGAUACGAAAUCUGAUAUCAACCUGGCAACGAUUUUCAUCAUAUUUGGCGCAGUCAGAUUUGUUAUAGGUAUAAUGUCAUCGAUCCUUGCCGAUCGGGUAGGCCGCCGACCUCUGCUCAUCUAUUCCUUCUUGGGCACAGCAAUAUGCCACAUCAUCGCCGGGGCCUACUUCUUCUGCCAGGAAGUCCUCCAAAUCGACCAAGCAUCACUAACUCCAUACGUCAUAAUACCAUUGAUUGGAAUUUUCGGUUCCAGCAUCGUCUCUACAAUUGGGUUUGGGUCAAUAAUUUUCGUCAUUCCGGCUGAAAUAUUUCCUAUAAAUAUCAAGGCUGUAGCUUUGAGUGCUCUGAGUAUAUACGGUGGCGUUCUGGGCUUCAUCGUGGCCAAGUUCUUCCAAGAUUUGAAAGACUGGACGGGCCUUUGUGGGGUAUUUUGGAUAUACGCCGGGGUGGCCAUAGCUGGGGCGGUAUUCUCCUUGUUGUGUGUGCCUGAAACCAAAGGAAAGAGUCUGGAAGAAAUACAGAUUUUGUUACAAGGAGACUUGUAUGAUGGUGGGGAUGGCAGGACGAGCCAGGUGGCUAAAGCGGAUGAAAAAGAUACUGAAUUACAGGAGCUCAAUAAAAAAGAUUCGACAAAUCUUUAAUUCGUUUAUGGUUUUUAACUUUCUAUAAAUUACAUAUAAGAAAUUAAUUGCAUUUAGUUAAUUAAGUUUUAAGUAAACAUGACAAAUAUUAUCUUCCUGGAGAUUGUUUUAAAAUGGUUUGAUUUUGCAAGUUAAUACUAGAUAAAAUAACUAGUACUUAACAUACUAAAGAUGUCAUUCACUCGCAUUUAUUUUUAUUAAAACACUGUUUUACAAUUCUAAGAAUAUUGGUCACAAUUUCAAGUACGAGUAUAGGCUAAUGAAUACACGGUUCGCGGAAAUUGUAAGACUGCCUAUUUUAAGUAAAUUAGGAUAUAAAAUACUA